CAUCUCAGCAUUCUCCUCAAAGGAAGGAUGAAGGUGUCAUACAGAGGCCAUUUCCUCCACAACAUCUAUACCAAUUCAUUCAUUGAUUCUCCAAAGUUCAGGUCUACUGAGAUGCACAGAGGAGAGAGGUUCCAGGUGACUAUCAUGGCAGAGGAGAACUGUAAGUUCUUGUGUUGGUCUCGAGAGAGGCUCACCUACUUCCUGGAGUCAGACACUUUCCUCAGUGACGUGUUCAGGUACCUUACAGGCAAAGACAUAACCGAUAGCCACUGACUAGGUAGGCCUAGUUCUGCAACUUUAACAUUGUACUGUAUGAAAGCUAUAACAUGUGAACCCAGCCUUUGCUCUCGGCUGUCUAUGAUGCAGAUGAGGAUAAGCAUGGUGAGUACAAAUGAGACUGAUGAUCAACAAUGGUCAGACACUGAUGAUGUUCUCAACCGGAUCAUACAAGGAGGAUCAGCUGGAUCAUUGCAAAAAUCACCUGGCACCAAGACCUCAAAGAUGAAGCCCAUAGAAGGCAUGGAGGAUGACGUUUUCAAAGAAUCUGCUCCCUCCAAGUCUCACCAUAUGGCCAGCAUUUCCACUGAGGAAGUGUAG